CUGUCAUUAAAAUACAAUAGGUAACCAUGGUCAAAACCAAUUUUAUGCUAUGAGUUAUGACUGUGGAAAGGCACUCCGGGGGUGGUGUAGAUCUUUCACAAAAACAGAGAGGUGGCUCACAGUUUUAGAGGCCAUUUUCCUGGUCGUAUUCAUAUCAUUUCUGACGUAUCUCAUACUGCAUUUACUCGUAUGCUCUUGUAUGGUCGAUAAUACUGAAAUCCAUGAGGCGAGUACGGGCGCAGAAUACGUUACAGCUGGCGAUUUUGCGACUACUCAUCGCAUCGAAGUCGCCACAUCCGAGGAAAAUACUGAUGGAAGAAGUUGCUCGUGGACACCGUCUUAUAAAACGGAGGCCGCCAAUCGUCACUUUCUCGACGGACGGGGCGAACUUCAAACUCCAGCAUUUAAAUUGCUAUCAAAAACUAAAUUAAAUCACUUAUUAUCGUACGAUGCUCCCGAUGAAGCCGAUAUUGAAACUGUAGAAACCGGUUUGGUGCUAGCUCUGGUGAGAGUACAACCGUUGACUUUCGGCUGUAUACUGUCUGUUGUAAGCGAAUGCUGGACCAUUACGACGGCUAGCUGCUAUGACAGUAUCAAAAUAUCUCGCCAUCGUGAACAAUUCGUGAUGAUAGGCGACCGCGGUGAUCUUAAAAGCGGCCACAACGUUUUAGAAGUUAAAAUGCAUCCAAAAUACCGCUCGAAUUCAACUUACUACGAUCUGUGUGCGUUAAAGUCGAACACGUCUUUAGGGAAAGAAAAAUUCUUGAUAUUACCGACACCGAUCGACUAUUUACUCACCGUUAUAGGAGACCGGCUUACUGCUUUUGGAUAUAGAACAAAUAGGAGUGCGGUUACGCUGCACGCGACAGUAGUGCGGUCGCUGUCGGCGCGGCGCUGCUCACUCGCGAUGGGCGGGGCGGUGUGCGCGGGGCGGCGGGGCGGGGCGUGCGGCGCGGGCUCGCCCCUCCUGCGCGGCCGCACGCUGCUGGCGGUCCUCGCCGGCCGAGGCAGCGGGGGCUUCCGCGCGAACGACGGCCAUCGCGACAGAGAGACGGCUGCAUCCGAGAGGGACGGCGCUAUACACUUCUCCGUCCCGCGGUGA